GGCCCGCCGGGACCCUGUCCCCGCCAAGCCUGCGGCCCGAGCCGGGCCAGCAGGAGCCGUUGCACAAUCACGCACUCCCCUGGGGCGGCUCAGGGUCUGGUGCAGCCUCUCACCACGCAGCCUGAGGAGCCCGAAGCGGGAUGACCCUGGCCUCGGCCCGGGCCGCUGGUGAGGGGCUGCGACCGGGGCGCUCCCCUCGCGCCCCCCCGCCUGCUGGGAGCGCCUCCCGAGGGGUCUGAGCCAGCGUGCUUCUCUGGGGCUUGGACACAGGAGGCGAUGAGGUCUUGGCGGCCUCCUCCAAGGACAUGAACUUGAUUGACAUCCUUUGGAGGCAAGAUAUAGACCUUGGGGCAAGGCGUGAAGUUUUUGAUUUUAGUCAAAGGCAGAAGGAGUAUGAACUCGAGAAACAGAAGAAACUUGAAAAGGAAAGACAAGAGCAGCUCCAAAAAGAGCAGGAGAAAGCCUUGCUGGCUCAGCUGGAGUUAGACGAAGAGACAGGUGAAUUUGUUCCUGUUCAGCCGGCUCAGCGCAUUCAAUCAGAAAAUACUGAUCCAGCAAUUGGUUUUUCACAGACCACACAGACUUCAAAACCAGAAGCAGAGGCUUUGUCCUUUGAUGACUGCAUGCAGCUCUUGGCAGAAGCAUUCCCAUUUAUAGACGACAAUGAGGCUUCUUCAGCUGCAUUUCAGUCACUGGUUCCUGCUCAGAUCGGUAGCCACCCAGUCUUCAUUUCCUCUGAUGAAACUCAGCCACCUGAAUCACCUGUUCUAGUUCCACUUACUGAUGCAGAGAAUAUGCAGAACAUAGAGCAAGUUUGGGAAGAAUUAUUGUCCCUUCCAGAGUUACAGUGUCUUAAUAUUGAAAAUGAUAACCUGGCUGAGGUAAGCACAAUCACAAGCCCUGAAACCAAGCCAACAGAGAUGCACAACAGCUAUAAUUACUACAGCUCAUUACCCAUCAUGAGAAAAGAUGUUAACUGCGGCCCAGAUUUCCUGGAUGGUAUUGAGGGCCCCUUUUCCAGCAUUUUGCCACCAGAAGACACCAGCCAGCUGAGUGUGAACUCUUUAAAUGACACAUCCCCUUCAAACUCUGAUUUUUGUGAGGAUUUCUACACCACCUUUAUUGAUACAAAGGUGAACAGUGACACAGCAACGACGAACACUAUCAGUCAAUCACUUGCGGAAAUUCUGAGUGAACCUAUUGAUCUUUCUGAUUUCUCACUGUGUAAAGCUUUUAAUGGCAACCACUCAGGAACUGUACUAGAAUGCAAUGAUUCUGACUCUGGUAUUUCAUUGAAUGCAAGUUCUAGUGUAGCAUCGCCUGAACACUCUGUUGAAUCAUCUGCCUAUGGGGAUAAGACUUUUGGUUGUAGUGAUUCUGAAAUGGAAGACAUGGAUAGUGCUUCUGGAAGUGUGCCGCAGAGCAAUGCUAGCAUGUACUCUUUGCAGUUCCAGGAUCAAGUGUUCUCCUCUGUGGGGCCAAGCACUCAAACUCCUAGUUUGCAUUGUACAAAUACACCAAAGAAGGAGCCCCCUGCCAGUCCAGGCCACCCCAAAGCUCCGUUCACAAAAGAUAAACCUUCAAGCCGCCUUGAAGCUCAUCUCACAAGAGAUGAGCAAAGAGCAAAAGCUCUGCAGAUCCCUUUUCCUGUUGAAAAAAUCAUCAAUCUCCCUGUUGAUGACUUCAAUGAAAUGAUGUCUAAGGAGCAGUUCAAUGAAGCCCAGCUUGCGCUUAUUCGAGAUAUACGCAGGCGAGGCAAGAACAAAGUGGCUGCUCAAAAUUGCCGUAAAAGAAAACUGGAAAAUAUAGUGGAACUGGAGCAAGACUUGAGUAACCUAAAAGAUGAGAAAGAGAAAUUGCUUAAGGAAAAAGGAGAGCAUGACAAAAGCCUUCGUCAAAUGAAAAAGCAGCUAACCACCUUAUACCUUGAGGUCUUCAGCAUGCUACGUGAUGAAGAUGGAAAGUCUUACUCUCCUAGUGAAUAUUCACUGCAGCAAACUAGAGAUGGCAAUGUCUUCCUUGUUCCUAAAAGCAAGAAGUCAGAGACUAAACUUUGAAGGGCAGCACAGCUGGCUACUGUUCUUCGAGUGACUAUUUUUGUAUCAUUAUCCUGAUAGUUUUUACUGUGAGGUGGAAUGCAGAAUUAGGUAAUAUUUUUCAAAUAAUUCUAUGCAAUGAUAAUUUUUAAGUUAAUGAUUAGUUUAUGGAAGAUGCAAGUUUAAAACUAAUAGUGUAAUGCAGAUGGAUGUAUGCAAAAUUUGUAAUCUCACUUUUAUAACAGACAUUUCCUUCUUAUAGCACCACUUUGGCUAGUUUCCAUAUACAUGUAAAUAUUAAAAGAUACCAUAUUUAUAUACUGUUCCUAUCUCUUGUUAUAUUCAUAGAUUUAUUUGAGAGAGAUAUAUAUAUAAAAAUGAUUUUAGCCUUCUAAAUAUAAUUUCUUGCAAGACAAACAGUGUGGCUUCUGAUACUUUUUUAUAAAUACACAAUAGUGUUUGUUUCCCAUUUUUCUUACACAUUUCUACUUGCUUUAUAUUUAAUACAUUAUUUUAAUUUAGUAUAAAAGUUGAUACUUAAGUGUUUGAUUUUGAUUUAUCAGUUCAUUAACCUUUUUUUCUAACUCUA